AUGUCUCUCACUGAUAAUGACAUCAUUUGGACACUCAGAGGUUUGGAUGAGGUAGCCGUCAUUGAUCGUUGCGGAGAAUAUCCUAAUGUUCCAUUGAUCGGUACCCAGGGAGGAAUCUCUUAUAAUCCAUGUUUAGCUCUCCGUCAGUUUGGAAGAGCCAGAAGAGUAGGGCCUCAUGAGAUGUUGGUUCCUCACUUCCAUUUUGAAUUUCAGGUAGACAGUGACAAACUACGCCAUGGAUUCAUUAAGGCUUGGGACAGAAUUCACAAAGCUGACCCACAUGAGUUGGGACCAAAGACUUCUCUACCAAUGGAACCCUAUUGCAGAUGGGUCCGCAUCCGUGCUCAGAAGUUAGGUAUGCCAUACGAAGCUGUCAGACCUAUCAUUCUUGAAUCUCCUGAUGAGGACGGGGUUCCUCCAACUGUCCUCCCUCCUCAGAUACCCACUGAUGUUGAUACGCUAAAAAGAUCUUGGGCGCAGCUAAAGGAAGAACGGGAUUUUUAUCGGGAAAAGUUCAACGAACAGGAACGGAAGAUCCAGAAGCUGACUAAGCAAUUGGAGGAAGAGCGGAUCCUGAAUGACUAUAUCCAUACUGAGAAGAGGAGGCCAUGGGAGCACUGA